UGCCCUCCUCUCCUGGAUUCUUGACUCUGUCCAGGAGGAACAACGACCUAGCUAAUCAGAACCUGUCAGCUGCAACCCUGUUCUCUCCUCCUCGACAUGUUCGAAGUGACAGCUGAUGUGACGGAAGUGAAGAUCGUCAACACGUACGAGCACGCUACCCAGAUCCCUAAGCCUGGCAAGCUGGAAGCUAUACAGUACAUGUUGCACGGUCUGACUCAAGAGGUUCCCACCUCACGUUUGUCAGAAAGCAUCAUGGCUGUCUUGCACCAAGAAGAAGAGGAAGAGGACAUUCGUUAUGUGAGGUCUGCCGACUCCAGCGACAAGUUGGGGGAGGACAGCAGCAGUCAGGAUUUGCUGGACAGUUCUCAACACAAAUCACACCCAGAAGCUAACAUCAGAGAUAGUCGUAAUGUUGUUGUCAGUGAUGAACAGACUAUAGCCGAUAAAGUUGCUGAAGCUGAAGUACAAGAGGAAGAGUGGAUUGUAACCGAUGUUCUUGAGGAGUCCCCUGUAACAGAUAAAACGCAGCAGUCUAUUUGUCGGUCAAGGUCACCAUCAGGUUCUAGAAAUUCAUGUGGUAGCGUAGGCAUCAAACCAACCAAAGACAAUUCAGAAGGUUUCAGAAGAGGUAAUUCUGAAAAAGUGAUAAAUGAUUUUUCUGAAAGUUUGGAAAAAACAGAUGAAGAAAAACCUGAAUCUCAGACUACAUCCAAAGAAAGCUCAGAGGAGAAAAGCAGGCAGCACAGAUCCCGGGUUAAGAGUGGUGACUCAAGUAAGGGAGGAAAUGCAGAGAGCAAGAAGUCAAAAGGUCAUUCUAAAGAUACGGACAAAGAUUCAAGGGAGGCCAAAAGUUGUAACAGAAGAACUAGUUCAACAGUUAAAGGUAGAAGAAAAGAAACAUCACACAAAUACAACACUAGUGAAAGAUGUCAGGAAUCAGGAAAAGAGACUGGCCGUAACCAUAGUAACACUAGUGAAAGAUGUAAGGAAUCAGGAAAAGAGACUGGUCGUAACCAUAGUAACACUAGUGAAAGAUGUAAGGAAUCAGGAAAAGAGACUGGUCGUAACCAUAGUAACACUAGUGAAAGAUGUAGGGAAUCAGGAAAAGAGACUGGUCGUAACCAUAGUAACACUAAUGAAGGAUGUAAGGAAUCAGGAAAAGAGACUGGUUGUAACCAUAGUAACACUAGUGAAAGAUGUAGGGAAUCAGGAAAAGAGACUGGUCGUAACCAUAGUAACACUAAUGAAGGAUGUAAGGAAUCAGGAAAAGAGACUGGUCGUAACAAUAGUAACGCUAGUGAACGGUAUAAGGAAUCAAGAAAAGAAACAACUCACAACUACAGAGGUGCUAGUGAAAGAAGUGAGUCUGGAAGAUCAAGACAUUCCAGCAGAUCAUCAGGUAGUUCUAGAUCAAGUUCCAAAUCUGAUUCCAAGACUAGGGACAUUAGCUUAGAUAAACAACUGAAGCACGUUUCAAAGAUGGCCAAUAAAGUGUCAAAGAAGGGUGACCAGGACAGACACCAAUUAAAAAAUGGUUCCAAAGAGAAGACGUCAGCAAAAACUAGGCGCAGUUCAGGAGAAAAAACUGAAAAAAGCAGCUGUAUUCAGGCAGGUAAUAGUGAUAAACACAGUAGAAAUGUGCAUGACAGGCUUACUGAUAAGAGCUUAUGUCGAAUAUCAGACAUUGCUGACAAGGUAUCUAAUGUCAGCAAACCCAGCAGUGGUUAUUCCACAAGAUUUGGUGAUGGCAAGCCGAAGUCAAAAUCACAACUUAUGUUUGAGAAAAAGUAUGCUGAAAAACUGAAGCAGUCAUGCCUUCCCCAGAUACCUGGUUUGUACAGCAGUGAAAUGGUGGAGCUAUCUAAGCUGCAGCCACUGAAACUAAUUACAAAUGUUGAAGUAUCCCCAUCCUUCAAGCUGUUGGACACAGAUUCUUGUCACAGCAGUUCAACAUUGCCCAAUCCGGCCGUAAAGAAUCUUCAGAAAUCUUUGGAAGAUAAAACACAUUCGCCUCUGGCUCUGCUAGAGAAACAGAAUGAAAUAUCUGGCAAAUCAGUAUACGAGCAAAAGCAGACACAAAAACCUGAUGCAAAAACAGAACAAGAAUUGGAAGGACACAGCAUGCACUGCUCUGAAGAAGAUUCUCAACCAAUUUCCAGAAACCUCCGUUCAAUUGUCACUGCUGUGUCGAACAGUGACAGGCCUAAUGGCAAUGGGUUCAACAACGAUAUGAGAGGUGAUGGCCUUACAGCAACACAAAGCACCUUUGAUAGGAGACCCAAUGGAGAUCCAAGAUUAGGAAACCGAGCCAGAGUUAAUCAUUCCAGAACCAAUAGCAGCAAUGGUGACAAAGAGAAGACAGAUGACAAGCCUAGCAACACUUCAACUGUCAGUGGAGACAGGAACAGUCAGAAUACCAUGGAUGGACCCCCUGGUCGACACCCAGUGAGGAACCUCAGCAUGGCUCAGAUCACAGAGGACAGGCACAGUCGACAGUUCCACCCCUACAAAAUGGCGGGAAAGAGGAAACCAAUGGCUUCCUUCAACAUUCAAAUCAACAACAUCGAUGAGCUGCUUUCCGACCUGACUUCAUCUGGCCUGAAAUGGAAGCGUCUGAAAGAAUCUUGGAGCUUUGGCAUGCAUCACAACUUGAGACAGCAGCCUCGCUUCUCAAACUACACAUUCUUCAGGAAUCCUGUGCCAUCUUCACCCGACAAACAAGAUAGUUUUAGGCCAAACAGACCAGUUGAAGAAGAAAUGAAGUUGACAUCUGACAACAUUCCUGAGUUUGAGACAAGGGCACAGCAGGCUGACAUGUUGGAUGAGUUCUUCAUGGGAGGAGGAGGUGGAGAGGAUUCACAGCAGGAAAUAUCGGCAACCUUUGACAUGGAGAAACACUCUUACGAUUCACAGGAGACUGGUAACAGCCAUGGAAGUCGUGACACACAAGCAUCCCCCUGUCUGCCACCUGGACAAGCAGCUCACAACAUUGUUGCCAGUGUAUCUGUGGAAGGACCACUGCCAGUCAAUGAAACUUCAGACCAUAUUUCUGCUUCUGAGAAGGGCCUUAAACAUGCAGGGGAACACAGUCCUGAAGAACAGAUGCCACCUCCACCCGAAGGAGGACAUCAGAAAGAUGCUGGUAACCUUGGAAUACAGAUACUAGGCUGUCAUUCUUGGGCAUCGGCUCCUCAUCAGGCUUGGAAUGAGCUGCCUAAGUCAGUUCAGCCUGCAGCUGAUAGGUUCUUUGAUCAGUUCGAAUGGUCCUUUGAGACGGAUUCUGUUAAGUCCAAACAAGAUAUAGAUGUACAGCAAAUCAAUUUCACUGAUGACCAUACCAUGUCAAGGGGAAACAAUAUUGCAAGAAGUAUGGAUACAAAUUCGGAUGUGACAGCUGCACAUUCAGUGAAUAAACCACGUGAUCCCCGACUCGCCAAAAGAAAUCUGACAGUUCUACCUGUAACACAAACAGCUGAAUGCCUACACAAUGCUUCAUCUCCCGUUGUUUCAAAGGCACAUUACAACACUGGCCUUCACCAAGACCCUCACCAGCUUGAUGCAGUGAAAAUCCCUGUUCCUGAAUUGAAUCAAGCUGUAAUACCAGACUGUGAAGUAAAUGCAAGAAGCAGUGAGAUGAAGGUGUCCUCACAUGGUCUUGAUGACCUGCAGGAGGCACCAAUGGACUUGAGUGACAGUGAGCAGGAAGCCCCAGGUCAUGUUGAUGGACAAUCUCAGAUUAGCACCACAGUGGACGGUCCACUGAGAGGAAACAGUUAUAGUCCUGGGAGACGUGUGUUGGGAAGGACGUUGUCUGCACCUGAUACUCUUUCCUUAAGAAAGAGGUCAUUUGCUUUGUUCCAAGACAUGUGGACAUCCCAAACUGGACUUGACCUUGCUGUUCCAGCUGUCUUGAAAACCGUGCCAACUGGUGAAAGUAUUGCUUGUGGUUUAACAACUCACACAGGCAGUGAUUCAGUUUCUCUAAAAGCUGAUGGAAAGGCUGCUGGUACUCAUGUUAAGAAAGCUCGCACAGAAGACGUGGCAAGGAGGAGGAACGAGGCUGCUGAGAUGCUGGAGGAAUUAAACAGCUAUCUCGGAACUCAAAAACCGAAAGUCAAACAUGACAUUGAGCAUAAUUCAAAAGCAGAUGAUGACUUUGAACAGCUUGCUCCCCAACCACACAGUAUUGUUCUUGACCAGAAGCUGACCUCCUUUCUCGGACAUGUUGACCCAGUGGAUGUACAAGACUCUUCAUGUGAGUCCUUGCCUCAACCUUGCUCUCCGGAUUUUGAUAUGCUAGCCCCCUUCCCCAGAAAUAAAACAGCUGAAGAAUGCCUGUCACCACGACUUAAGACUUUCGCCAAGCAGUUGAACGGAGAGAAUGACACUACAUGUUCGACUUUGAUCAACUCUAGGAACGAAGACUUGUGCGGGAAUGGAAACAGAAAAAAGACAGUGUCUUCAAACAAAAGCAAACGCAAGGAACAUGGAAGUGGAAGAGCUAAGAAUAAGAAACCUCGUCGUGCAACUGGUCCCCAUCCCGACCGGUUCAACAGAUGGGACCAUGUGCUCUUCCCCUUCACCCUUGACCCCUGGAGGGAUUUUAAGUAUGAACGUAACCCGCAGCUUGGUAACUACCAUCUUCUUGAGCUUCAUGACAACCCUUCAUUGGACCCCAGGAGGAACAAGGCCAUCCUGCAGAAGAGGGAUCUGGAGCAGUCUCAGCAACACACUGAUAGUCAACUCCGCAACAUCAAGCCAGACAGGAAACCUACAGUCAACUCCAUGUUGGAGAGGGAGCUUUUUGCUCCCACGCUUGCUGAACAAAUAACAUGUGCAGCUCAGGCGAGACGUAUUCAGCUUGGACUUACAAGCUCCUUGAUGUCAGCACAGAAACAUCCGAGCCUUGAACGAACAAGUCCACUUGAUGAACAAAACGCAUCACUGCACACGCCAAAAAUGGACCUUGGAGCAGAUUUACAAACUGAACACAGCUGCUGUUUGCUUAAGUCAGGAAAGUCCAACACAAGUAAGUCGGAGAUGGGAGAUCAUGUUCGAAAUUUACCUCAACUCAAAGUGGCUCCCAAAAUGGAAGUCAGUGCUGAAGAAAGAUCUGGAGGAGAAACUGGGGAGAAUUUAGAAGAAAGACCCAACAAGAAAACCCAGAGAAAAAACAUUCCACAAUAA